AUGACGGCGAAAAUGCUGGACAUAGUGGACCAUGCGGGAAAAAGUGUAAGUCGAGAAAACUUGAAGGACGAAAUAAAAAUCCUCUUCACAGACAUAGAUGGGACUUUGCUUAACAGUGACAAUAAACUGUCCCCACUGAACAUGCAAACGUUAAUAAAGGCCAAAGAGAAGGGAAUUAAAAUUGUGUUUGCCACAGGAAGACCCAUAUUCUCUGUACAAGGGGUCAUAGGGGAAGAAUUAAAAAAAAACGACUUAAAAUUAUUCCCAGGAAUAUACCUUAAUGGAUGCAUAACGUAUGGUGAAAAUGGAGAAAAAAUAAUUGACCACAUUAUUAGUGAUGAGUUAAAAAUGGACAUACAUAAUUUUACAAAAAAAAAAAAAUUCGAUCAAUACUGCAUUUGGUACACUGCGGAUAAGACUUUCUGCUUCAGCAUAAAUGAAGAAAUCAGGAACUACAUGAAUGUAGAAAGCGUCUCUCCUGAAGUUAUUACUGAAGCAACUUUUAAAACGUUGAAGGUGUAUAAAGUGCUCAUGUGUUUAAAUGAGCAAAACAUUUCUUCCAUUCUUCAAUCCUGCAAAGAUUUAUUUGCCCAUAAAAUUAACGUAGCAAAUACCUUUAUGUGUUAUAUUGAAUUAUUUCACCAGAAGACCAACAAGUUUGAGGGGGUGAAGAAGAUUUGCGAUAAUUAUAACAUCAGUUUGAAUAACGCCUUGGCCAUUGGGGAUGGUGAGAACGACAUGGAAAUGCUCGAGGGAGUACCCACUUCUGUUGCGCCAAGUAAUGCCUCCGAUAAGGUUAAGAAGUGUGCUAAGUAUAUUGGCCCCUCCAACAACGACGGCGUGGUUAGUCACGCGCUCCAGACGUUUUGCGGGGUCCACCCGUGA